UCUGCUUCCUUCCUUCCCCGUCCAUGUCGACCGUCGACGCCGUUCAAUCGCUUUCCCAGGUCCUCGGAGCCGUAGCGGACUCCCUCGCCGUCGCUGACAGUCCUGCCGUCGCGCUGCUCCACGACGAGGCCGUCGGCGCCGAAAUAUCGACGCGCCUUCGCGGGCCGAACUCAGGCGCCGGCGACGAUAAUCUCUGUCGAUGGCUCUACGACACGUUUCAAUCGAACGACCCCGAUCUCCAGCUCGUCGUCCUCAAGUUCAUGCCCACCGUCGCCGGCGUGUAUCUCUCCCGGGCCGUCUCGCGACAGCCGCUAGCCGGAUUCGAGGCGGUGCUGUUGGCCCUGUACGCGUACGAGACCGUUACACGGGGAAACGAAGCAGAGAGUUUGACUCUCCCCGACCUUUCCAAUCCGAGCGUCUACCACGAGGGCAAGGCGUCGCCGAAGAAGUCGGCGGCGGAGCUCACCGUGGCCGUGUUGUCGCCGGUUCUGGAGCCCUAUGGCACUGUUCGAUCGACGAAGCGAGCGAGAAUCGUGGGCGUGGCUUUGGAAUUGUACUACAACAAGAUUUCGUCGAUGCCGGCGUCGUCGAAGCUGGCCUUCUGCGAGUUCUGCCUGGCUUGGGUCUGGCAGGGGCAAAAAACCUGCGAAGGGAAAGAGGAGAGUGGCGACGGGAAGGAGCCAGAGCCGGCGCCGGCGAGGUCUUACAACGUUCCCUUUCCAUGGGAGCUAUUCCAGCCGGCGAUAAGGAUCGUGGGGCAUUGCCUUCUGGCGCCGUCGAGCUCAGAGGAGCUGAAGGCGGUGGCAUACACCGCGGUGGAGCGACUAUACCUCCGGGCCACGCACGACAUGAAGCCCCAAGAAAUUUUGGCGGCGAGAAGCCUACUGCGGCUGGGGAAGAUGCCCGGAGACGACAUUGCGGAGCCGACCAUCACGGCAAACUCGGAGUACUCUGAGGAAGCCUUGAAGAAAACCGCGCAGUUGGCGUAG